UCUCUUUGUGCGAAAAACUUUCACUUUCUUCUCUCUCGAUAGAUCUAUCAUUAUUGAGAGCAGAGGCUCAACAAAGAACAACAAUGGCAAUCCCAUCGUCGACGGUGCAAGCCGUCCUCAAAGAGAGGAAGUACCCGUUCAUCCUCCUCGCCGCCACGCUCCUCCUUAUCUUCCUCACCCUCCUCCUCUCCUUCUCUUCCACCGGCGGCAGCUCCCUCUUCCCCCGCCCCCUCCUCUUCUCCUCCUCUGAUCUCCGUAUCUCCUCCUCCUCCUCCUCUGCUUCCUCACCGCCGCCUCCUCCAUUGGUCUCGAGCCUGCCACCCCUAGACAGUGCCAGUGCCACCACCUCCUCCUCCUCCUCUGCUUCCCCACCACCACAUCCUCCAACAGCUCCUUCACUGGACUUGGGCCCGCCACCCCGAAACAGUGCCGGUGCCCCCAACUCCUCAUCACCCGCUCCAUCAGAUGAUACGGAUCUUGGUAAGGCCGAAGCGGAGAGGUUCAAGUGGUCCCUAUGUCAGGGCCCAUCCGCAGUGGACUACAUCCCCUGCCUGGACAACCUUAAGGCCAUCAAGGCACUCAAGAGCAGGCAGCACAUGGAGCACAGGGAGCGGCAUUGCCCCAGCCAGAACCCACGCUGCCUGGUCCCCAUCCCGACGGGAUACAAGGUUCCCGUUCGGUGGCCUAAGAGCAGGGAUAUGAUCUGGUACAAUAAUGUUCCUCAUCCGAAGCUCGUCGAGUACAAGAAGGACCAGAAUUGGGUGCAAAAAUACGGGGAGUAUUUUGUCUUUCCGGGAGGAGGAACUCAGUUCAAACACGGAGUUACCAAGUACAUUGAACUAAUAGAGAAGGCUCUACCGGAAGUAAAAUGGGGAAAGCACGUGAGAGUGGUCUUAGACAUAGGGUGUGGAGUGGCGAGCUUCGGGGGUGCUCUGCUUGACAGGGAUGUUAUUACAAUGUCCUUUGCGCCAAAGGACGAACAUGAAGCUCAGAUUCAGUUUGCUCUAGAAAGAGGGAUUCCUGCUACCCUUGCGGUUAUCGGGACCACGAAAUUGACAUUUCCCGAUAACGCUUUUGAUAUGUUACACUGUGCGAGGUGCAGGGUUCGUUGGGAUGCAGAUGGUGGGAAGCCUUUGUUGGAGCUCAAUAGAAUUCUCAGGCCCGGAGGGUACUUUAUCUGGUCCGCCACACCGGUGUAUAGGAAGGAUGAGAGGCAUCGGAGCAUUUGGAAUGCAACGGCCGCAUUAGCGAAGUCCAUGUGCUGGAAAGUUGUGGCUAGGACGGGCGGCUCCUCUUGGUUCGGGCUCGUUAUAUAUCAGAAAACCACAUCCUCUUCCUGCCUCGAAACCCAACAAAGGAGUGAGCCACCUCUCUGUAAGAAUCAGGGGCAACCUAACAGUUCAUGGUAUGCGCCUCUAAGUGAAUGUAUCUCAAGGCUUCCGGCUGAUACCUCGUGGCCAGCUCCAUGGCCGGAGAGGCUCAAGAGUAGACCUAUUAGCCUUUCGGCUGAAUCAGAGACCAGGAAGACGUUUCAAGAGGACACAAAACAUUGGUCUGCACUUAUAUCUGAUGUAUACUCGGAGGGCAUUGGGAUUAACUGGACAAGCUUGAGAAAUGUGAUGGACAUGAAUGCUGGUUACGGAGGAUUUGCGGCGGCCCUUAUUGAUAUGCCAAUAUGGGUAAUGAACGUUGUCCCGAACGAUAUGCAAGACACUCUGUCGAUUAUAUACGACAGAGGAUUGAUUGGAGUCUAUCAUGACUGGUGCGAGUCCUUCAACACCUAUCCGCGAACAUUUGAUCUGCUCCAUUCGAGUUUUCUGUUCAAAAAUCUUACGCAAAGGUGCGACAUUGUAGAAGUAGUCGCGGAGAUUGAUCGGAUACUGAGACCGGGCGGAUAUCUUCUGGUGCAAGACACAGGCGAUACGUUUGAGAAGCUGAGGCCGAUCUUACUUUCACUUUACUGGAGAGUGAGCAUUCAUCAGGAACAGUUUCUGGUCGGCGUAAAAGGGUUUUGGCGACCGGAAGGUGGAAACGUCGACCGGUGAAUGAUGGUUUCUGCUGGACGUAUUGAUAAAAAGGGAAAGGGGAUGGAAUGGAACAACCAUUUUCCAUUUCCUUACCUCUCCGUACCAAAUACGGCGAGCGAUGGAGUUCUUUAUGCCCCGUAUUCUUUCGUGUAUGAACCGGUAAACGGUGAAAAAGAGAAGAGUAUUCCUCGAAUUUAUUGGAGUUGAAACAUGACAAAUAGUCAAACUAACGCUCAAUGUAGCUAUUACGAUUUACAAAUGCUCAUUUCACUUUUUUGUCA